UCUUAACGCCAUCCGAUCUUAUCUUCGCUUCGCGACACCAACAUUUUUUUCUCACAGCCUUGCUUGAUUAUCAGAGACCUGAAAUUCCUAUACUUCUGGUGCCGACGUAUACAAGCAGGCGGCCAUGGAUCUUCUCUCGACCGUCCGGAAAUCAGGUUCACGCGGCGGCGUCAACUUCAGUUGGGACGAUGUCGCAACAUCUCAGUAUCGCGAGAAUUACCUCGGCCACAGCCUCAAAGCGCCGGUUGGGCGCUGGGCUAAAGGGCGCGACCUGAACUGGUACGCCAAGGCAGACCCAACUGCGGCGAAUUCAAACGAGACGGAAGAGGAGAAGGCGGCCCGUGAGCGCCUUGAGGAGAUUCGCAAGAUCAAGGAAGCCGAAGAGGAUGCGAUAUCACGAGCCUUGGGGUUACCUAUCAAGCCGCGCGAUGCAACGGGGGCCAAUGCCGUGGAAGUAGAAGGGUCAAGGGUGCCGAACCGCGGCAAUGUGGACGGCAAAGACCCGAAGGCAACCCAAGGGCCAGAUCCGCGGACAGAUAGGUCUAAAGACUCAGAUCGACACAGAGACUCAGACCGCCGGCAUAGAAGACGGCAUCGAAGCAGAGAGCGCGACCAUGACAGACACAGGGAUCGCAGCCGGAGUAGGCAUAGGAGACGUGACAGCCUAGACAGAGAUGAAAAGGACAGCUAUCGGCGACGGAGGAGCCGCAGUCCGGAGUACGGUCGCCACCGGGAGGAACGACGACACGGUAGCCGUAGUCGCAGCCGCGACCGACACCACAGGCGGAGGGACAGCAGGAGCCACGGUCGGAGUAGGAGCCGGGAUAGAGCAGAAAGAUCUCGACACCAUGAUCGACGGCGAAGCAGAACUAGAUAUCAAGACUGAGACGUUGGCAGGUGGCAAACGUACUCCGGAGCAAGGAGUCAUGCAUUUCAAACUCAAGCUUGUUUACAUUGAGGCGACAAGAUCAUUAUCAUGGACUUCAUUUUGACAACGUAAACAAUACAAGGCUAUGGGGGAAGUUGUCGGUUGACUGCACGUGUAUAUGCAGUGUUGUUUGUUGUAAUUUAAGGCUUCUGAUAUAUGCAUG